UUAGUCAUGAUAUACUUUCCUCGUUCAUCCUUACCAACCUCAAUAGCACGAAAGCUUUUAUUUCGUGCAGAUACAAGCAAAAAACCACGAGGACCACCGUCGGGGACACCUGGAGCAACAAAUUAUAACAUUACCGAUACUCGUUAUGAAGUUAUUAAACGUAUCCUUUAUGAAUCCCCUAAAACAGAUUUACCACAUUUCACAGAGGAAGAUCUUGAAAGACACGAAACUAUUGAAAGAGCUUGGCAAUUAUACUUGCGUAAUAAACGUGAAGCGAAAAGUAAAGAACUGGCAGCAAAAUAUAGAAUGUUAAAUGAAGCGAAUAUGCAACUUGAGCAAAUAAGUAAAAAUUUAUUUUUAUCGGCUCAGCUUGGUAAUAAAACCAUGUUGUUUCCCGGCCAAAUGAAAAUUCCUACAGAGACCCCUCCAUUAAAUGGAUGGAACUACGAUUACAUUCCUUCUCCUAAACCUGACCAAUCUCAAGAAAAAGAAAGUAAGAAAGAAGAGGGAUAAAUCUUAGAAGAAAGAGGAUAAUAAUCAGGAAAAUUUUUCAAUUAUUGGCUAUCUUGUUAACCUAUUGAUCAUUUAAAGCUUGAAGGGAUGUUUCAAUCAUAAAUAAAUAAAUAAUAUAUUUUUUGUCCUUGCUUGUUACAAUUCCAUUAAGCAAUAUAAAUCCAAAUCCAACAAGGCUUGUAAAGUUUCUUUGUAG